AUUGUUACUGCUAUGUCAGUAUGCAUUUGGAAGCGUUGCAAGAGAAAGAUCCUCGUUGUCGGCAAAAUCAGACUCUGUUAUGGAAGUUACAUGUGGAACAGUUUACACAAUGGGUAAAGGAUAAGAUUUAUUCUAACCCAGAGGAGCAGUCGAAAAAGCUAAAAUGGUUAGCAUUUGGACCAAGAAAUUCAGUUGCAAGGUACAAAGGCUUAAUCAUCAAUGGACAUCGCUUUCAGAUAGAGUCGCUAAAGAGGAAGACUCAGAACAGUGGGGUAGCAUAUGAUGCUUUCAGUAUGUGUAGAUCGAGUGCAAAAGAUAGUAAACAUAUGGCAGAUAUAGUAUCCUACUACGGAGUGAUAGAAGAGAUUAUACUACUCGACUACCAUAUGUUCCACGUCCCACUCUUCAGGUGUAAGUGGGCCAACAAAGGGCAUGGUUUGAAGGUGGAAGAUGGUUUUACGGUUGUGAACUUCCACUUAAGCCAAGCAGCAUUCCAAAAAGAUCCAUACAUUCUGCCGUCACAAGCAAAGCAAGUGUUUUAUUCCAAUGAUGACUCUUCUGAUUGGUCUGUGGUUAUGAGGGCACCACCUAGAGGGUAUCACGAGUUAGAGACAGAAGAAGAGUUUGCUGCUCCACCAGUAUUCGUCGAGGAGAAUGAAGAUUUGGGAAAUGAUUGUUCUGAUGAUGAGAGUUUCUGUUGUAGGGAUGAUUGUGAGGGGGUCUUAGUUGUGGAGUAAUAGGGAUAUGACUAGUAACUGGUUUUGGUUUGAUAUCUGGAUAUGACUAGUAACUGUUUUUUAACGUUAGUUACAGGAUAAAGAUAAUGGAGUACGGGAUGAUUCAACGUCGCAGUAAGCGCCAACGAGGACUAGAUGCUAGCGUUGAACCACUUAAGUCUGGGAAGAAACGCACGUUAUUGAAUGCAAGUGUAGACGAAGAGCAAACACAACAUCAAGCAGAGCAUCAUACAGAAGAAGAGCAUCAAGAAGAAGAGAUUCAAGAAGAAGAGCUUCAAGGAGAAGAGCAGCCAGAAAAGGACUUCAGAAAAGAUAAAGAAAAAACUCCAGAAGCUGCAGAGGACGAACAUAACUCAAAGCCGAAGUCAAGGAGAGGAAGAGGACCAACCAGAUUGAGUAGAGUUGCUAAAAAUCCUGAGGAUAAGAUCGACAUUGAAUUUAACACUCUCGGUGAGCAUAUUGGAGAUGGCUCAGUGCUACUUUCAUCCUUUCUGGGUAUUCUUGUGAGAGAGCAUGUACCAGUGUUACUCGAAGACUGGAUGCAACUCGAUGAACUUACAAGAGACACAAUGUGGGAGGAAAUUCAGGUAUUAUUUAAUGUUUAUACAAGUAACCAGUAGCAUGACAUGGCAAUGAUAAGUGAUAAUUUCUGAUUUUUUUGUAGGCAAAGUUCAACUUGAAAGAACAAUGGCAAAAGGAUGCUAUUAUAAAACAAAUGGGUGGUCUCUUCAGGGCAUCAAAAUCACGGCUGGUGGCCAAUAUCCGUGCUAUAAGUAGCAGGGAAAAAAUUAUUAACUUAAAACCAAGCAAUAUUCCCUCUUUGGCAACUUGGCUAAAUUGGGUGAAGAGCAAGAAAGGAGAAGAUUUUAAG